CGCUACGAUUCGCUUAACAACUACAACUCCCAGAGGCACUGCGGCCGGCUGUUUGCUCCUCCAAGUCCCAGACGCCUUUGCUGACACCGGAAGCUUGAGAGAGAGAGAGAGAGAGGAAGGAGGAAGAAGGAAGGAGGAAGAAAUGGAUUUCAUCCCGCUCAAAGAAGAGGCACCCAAAUUGGAAGCCCCCGUCGCCACGGGCGACACCGAAUUCGAACUCUUGACUGUUAAACCGGAAGACACCAACAAGAUCGAGGUCAUGAUAAGCGAAGAAACUAACCUCUCUGUCACCUCCCACCGCUGCCCUGAAUGUGGGCGGGCCUUCACUCACUCCGGGCACCUCAAAACACACCAGCGCACUCACACUGGAGAGAAACCCUAUCAGUGCAGCGAAUGCGAGAAGAUUUUCACCCAGCUGGGCAACCUCAAAGAACACUGGAGAAUUCACACUGGGGAAACCCCUUACGAGUGUCCAGACUGCGAGAAGAGCUUCACUCACUCCAGGAGCCUGAGAACCCACCGGCGCACUCACACAGGAGAGAAACCGUACCCGUGCAGCGAGUGUGAGAAGAGCUUUGGACAACUGGAGCACCUCCAGAACCACCGCCGAGUCCACACCGGAGAGAAACCGUUCUGCUGCUCGGAGUGCGGGAAGAGCUUCAGUCAGCUGCAGAAUCUGAAGACGCAUCAGCGCACUCACACAGGAGGGAAGCCGUUCCAGUGCAGCGAUUGCAGAAAGAGCUUCAGUCAGCUGGAGAAUCUGAAGACACAUCAGCGCACUCACACAGGAGAGAAGCCGUUUCAGUGUGAGCAGUGUGGGAAGAGUUUCACACGAGCCGGGACCCUGACCAAGCACCGGAGACUUCACACAGGAGAGAAGCCGUAUCGCUGCGGUCACUGUGGGGGCAGAUUCACCUUCAACCAGCUCAAAGCUCAUAGGUGCCAACCGGAAACUGCGUUUCCUAUUGGCACCUAGGAAAAUGUUUUUUUUUUUCUUGUACAUUUCUUUUUUUAUGGUGGUCCAGUGGUUAGAGAAAGGGGCUUGUUACCAGGAGGUUCCCAGUUCAAUCCCAGCUCGGCCACUGACUCGCUGUAUAUGUGACCAUGAGCAAGUCCUUCAGAUGAGAUGUAAAAAUCGAGGUCCUAUUGUACUGUAAGUGACUCUGCAGCAGCAGCAGAUGUUGACGAUGCACAGUUCACCCCCUCAUCUCUGUAAGUCGCUUUGGAUACAAAUCUGCUAAAUGACACUUUAGUGUUCGCAAAUAUUUUUGUUUGCAAUCAUUCUUUUUGUUGUAUAAUGUUAAUACCAAGUUUCAUCACAAUGGGGUCGGCAGUUCUCCAGAUAUAAGAAUCAAUGUAAAGUGCACUGUGUGGUUUUUUAUUUGCUUUUAUUACUCAAGCACUGCAGGGUUGGAAGUAUGACUCCUGUCACACCGCAAGUCAGGCUGGAGGUCAAUACCUUUUUGAAAUCUCAAUUCCAAUUCCCUUUUACUCAAUUGCAACACAUCAUCGUUGAUCAAAAUCAAAAUCAGCAGUAUUCUGUGAAAACAAGCUUCACAUUUUCAGCGGCAACAAAUGACUUCAAUUGAAGAACUCGCUGUUUGUUUGUCAAUUAAAUUGGCUUCAAAUGAAAGAAGCUGAACAAUCACAAAAGGAAUUGAAAAAUAGGAAUUGACUUCAACCCUGAGCACCCUGCUUCCUGAUUUGAAACAGCAAGUACGGAGGCAGAGGAAUAUGAAUAUCGAUUUUUGCAACAACAUUUGAGGCGUGUUUGUUUGAAUGUGUAUCUAGGCACUAACAAUUUUUAAAAAAUUUAUAAAAAUGAAACAUUUGACUUUGGACUCAAAGCUGGGUGGGUGAGAUUAUUGUAUCACUGUUGUUCCUAAGGGUGGCACGGUGGCGUAGUGGUUAGCGCUGCUGCCUCACAGCGCCAGGGUCCUAGAUUCAAAUCCGGCCUAGGGUACCUUCUGUGUGCAGUUUGCAUGUUCUCCAGCACCAUGACAACUGGUGGAGAGAUAAUAUCAUAUUCAACCAAAUUAGUUCUGGCGGGCAAGUCAGAACAAACAUCGCUGAAUUCCUCAAUAAGCUUAUGCAGCUCCCGUUGCUGAUCUGGAACCAAUUGUUCCCCCAUCAGAAUUAUUCUUUUGCUAGGAGUCUCUGGACAGGGGCCUAAAUCAUCCUCUAUGUUGCCUGGGGCUAUAAACAAGACCUCCCUUGCCUGCCAGGGCUUUAAUAAAUUCAUAUGAUAAAUUUCACGUUCAUUAUGGCGAUCGGGCUGUCUAAUUUCAUAAUUCACCUUUCCUAUAGCCUGAAUCACUUCAUAUGGCCCCUGCCAUUUAGCACAUAACUUGCACUACCUUGUCUCCUGGUCGAAAGUUUCGAAUUAGUGCAUUUUUGUUGUAAUGCUGCUGUUGUCGGUGCUGAGCCGAUCUGAGAUUGUCUUGGGCCAAACUACCGACCAAAUCUAGGCGAUCUCUUAGUAGGAGCACAUGCUGCACUACAUUUUUGGAUGAGCCUUUGUGCUUCUCCCACCCCUCUCUCAACAGAUCGAGAAAGGGAGGGAGAUUUACAACCAGAACUCAUUCUAUUUCUGUCACACAGCCCUAUUAAGCUGUAAUCUAGAGUUACUUCAAAACUUGUAGAUACAUUCAAUCAAUGUUUAAACGGUUCAGACAUUUUAAAAUGCACAAAAUAUCAUCUGUUCAGUUAAAAUCUUAUCUUGUUUCAAUUGUUAAUCACAGUAGAAUUGUUUGUAUUUUUUAAUCUAAAUGUUAUCCAUGCUCAGAACUGUGUAAAAAGUAAAAGGCAAUGCAAUUUAGCAAAACCAAACGAUUAAUAAAAAAAAAACCCUUGGGUUUCCAGAAUUAAAACAGUAUCCAAAGUCAGGAUUCAAAAUUACAGAAUAUAGUGUAAGGCCCUAACAGCAACUACAAAAUCAUCACAGGAUCUAAACCUGUCUAAUGAUUAACUGUUACAAUACCGUAGCUUGUCUUGUUCACUUUGUUUUGGCUGCAUUGUCAUCGGGUGAAACUGGAGGAAGCGCUGUGUAACUGCACAGUAUGGAGGCUGUGUGGUCCAGUGGUUAAAGAAAAGAGCUUGUAACCAGGAGGUCCCCGGUUCAAAUCCCACCUCAGCCGCUGACUCAUUGUGUGACCCUGAGCAAGUCACUUUACCUCCUUGUGCUCCGUCUUUCAGGUGAGACGUAGUUGUAAGUGACUCUGUAGCUGAUGCAUAGUUCACACACCCUAGUCUCUGUAAGUUGCCUUGGAUAAAGGCGUCUGCUAAAUAAACUAUAAUGCCACUGAUUUGGCAUUUUAAAAUGCGGGUUGUGACAGAUAUUCAGAUAAAACUGUAACAUUGAAGAGAUUUGCUUUGUAUCAGAAAACUGGUGACAGUCGGAAAUCACGCGUGACGGGCAAGUGUAUUCAUUUGUUACUAUAUAUAUAUAUAUAUAUAUAUAUAUAUGGUGAACGUUGCGCUCACGGUUUAGGUGUUUUAUAAAAGAGGAAGCAGGAAGCCAGAUGAAGGAGAACAGGAAUGUGUUUUAAUUGACUGCAAAUCAAAGAGAAAAUAAAACCACUUCAAAUUGAAUGAUGCCCGCAGGUUGGGCCAGUUAGUAAAUGCACAGUCUCGAUUCAAACAACCAAUUGUAAAAAGAAAAGAAAACCUAGCCCAUUCAUCGGGGCCCUAUCUUAUACUUCUUCAAGGCUAACUAAAGAUCUGAGGUUGGCUAAUCCAAGCUCACAUACCACACAUAUAGAACUGAACAUCCCUGUCCAUUUCUCGCCAGCACAAUGAUCUUUAAGGCCUGCAGCAUUCCAAACCUCCCGUACAGAUUUGAAACUGUACACAGAUUAGUUACAGUCAAUUCUUCAUUCAGCCCUAUAGUAGUUUCCUUCUUUUGUUUCCCAGGUUUAAUUCCUUUCUUCCCACAGGAUUCCCAGGUAAGUAACCAGUGCUCUUAUUGUAUUAUUUGUAUUGUAACACUUGAAAUGUAUUUGCUUAUGAUUGUAAGUCGCCCUGGAUAAGGGUGUCUGCUAAGAAAUAAUUAAUAAUAAUAAUGCUGUCCAAAGUCUGUUUUGUCUUUUCCCUGUUUAAAGUUCUGACGCCAUCUGCUGGCCACUAUUAAUUAUCACAGUCCUUAAUAAAGAAAAACUU